AGAGAGAAGAAAGGAAAAAAGGAGAGGAAAAACAAUUUACGGAGAUUCGUCUUCAGCUAUUCUUUCUCUCAUCAAGCGAUCCCGUGUCUGCUCCCUGUUCUCUCUCUCUCUCUCUCUCUCUCUCUCUAAUCUCCUCUCUGUAAUUCUCUUAACUACUUCAUUCUUGAUUCUACUCACUCUACUUGUUUUAACUCGUUCUCCGAUCCUACGCCGACUUUGCUCCCGCAAUUCCAACUCGCAGCUCUUCAGAUUCAAAACCCUAGCGCCAACCCAAUUCUUCUUUUCUGGGUUUUAAGGAAGGAGGACUGGAAGGCACUAGUACGAGUACCUACAGCAUGAGCAUAGAUAGCCCAGGAGAAGAAGAAGAUUAGGGUUUGGUUACGGGUGUUCUCUCUGGGAAAAAGAUUCAUUUUGGGGCCUUCCAUGGGCGAUGGCGGUGUUGCAUGCGUGCCUUCACAGCAUAUUAUGGAGAAGUUCUCAAUUUGCGGGGGCAAGACCAAUGGCAACACCAAGCUCAGUUCAUCUUCAAACUCUUCCACCAAGUUGGCAAAAGUAAGUCCAAGUAUGAAGCCGAAAAAGGAUCAGGGUGCUGAAUUGGGCUCGAGGGAUUUUGUCAGUUUAAAUAAAGAAGUUUCUGGGAGGAAUUGCAAUGGUGAUGCUUCUAAUGAAACAAAUAAAGAGGAAGUGGAGGAGGGUGAAUUGGGGACACUGCCUUUCGAGAAUGGGGAGUUUGUCCCUGAAAAACCGUUAAGAAGAUAUGAAAUCAAGAGUGAGAUUGAGAAAGGUGAAUUUGUCCCUGGGAAGUGGCGAAAGAGCGGUACUGAAUUGGAGAAAAAUGACUGGAGGUCAUCAAAAGAUGAGCUGGAGAAAGGGGAGUUUGUUCCGGACAGGUGGUGCAGAAGUGAUGCUGCAAAUAGGACUCAUGAAUAUGGUUACUCCAAGUCACGAAGGUACGACACUCCUAAGGAAAAAGGCUGGAAAAGCGAGCGGGAAUGGACUUCACCUGCUGCAAAGGAAAAGGGAUGGAAAGUUGACCGUGACACUGAAUCAACACCACUUUCUGGUAGAGGAAAAGGUUGGAAAGCUGAUCGCGAGUGGUCGCCACCUUCUGGUAAAGAAAAAGGCUGGAGGGAUGACCGGGAUCGUGAGUGGACACCACCUUCAACAGGUAAGUAUUCCAGUGAGAAAGAACUUGGCAGAAGUGUUGGUAGUAGUCAGCAUUUGAGGAAGUUCUCUUCCAGAUAUGAACCUGAGAAGACUCAGAAGAUCAGUUCUAAAAUUGCGGGUGAUGAAGGCUCCUUGAAGAAUGACAUGACAAAUAGCAAGAACCAUGCAAGAGAAUAUUCUUUCAGUAAUUGGUUAAAGCGGCAUGGUAAAGAUUCCAAUAGCAGUGACAGGAAGUUUCGAGGUGACCAUGAUGAGUACUCUACAUCGAAAAACCGGAAGCUUUCUAGUGAUGGUAGCCGUUCUGGGUUGUCAUCAGAUAUCUAUUCUGGCAGGACUACAGAAAGGCAGUAUAAAACUGCUACUUCUUCAUCACGGAGCACUCCUACUGAAAGGCAGUCUUCUAGAUAUCUGGAGUCAUCUAGAGCAGUUCAUGACAGGCAUAACAGCAGUCCACAUCAUCCUGAGCGGUCCCCCCGCAACUGGGCUUUCAACCAUGAUCACCGGGGUCACAGCCCAGCCCACCGCGGUACGCCCUCUCAUGACCAGGGACAAAAGUAUGAUCGCAGUAGGUCUCCCUAUGAUCAUAAUCAUCACCAUGAUAAUAGGUAUCGGAGUCCUAAUUAUGUGGAAAGGUCUCCUCGAGAUCAUGACCGAAACAGUGAUGGUAGGGAUAGGGCUCCAACUUUUCUGGAUAGGUCACCACGUGAUCGAGGUAGGCACAGUGACCAGCGGGAAACAAAUCAAAAAGCUGGAGUGGGUGAGAAGCAGCCAAGUCAUUAUGCAAGCAAAUGGCAAGAAGGAAAGAAUAAUCUGAUGACAGAGUCUGGUCGAAGGGAAUCACAGUUUUUAUCUAAAGAAUCACCAGAUAGUGGAAAUCUGAAUAGUAGAAAUGUCUCCACAGAUAAAACUGCUAGCUAUCCGUGCCAUCUUGAAGAGCUUUCCCAGAGCCCUGCACUUAAAAGUAUAGCAUCUUCUCAGGAACAUGGGGUUACUGAAGAGCCAGCAUCAAUGGAAGAAGACAUGGACAUAUGUAACACUCCACCACAUGCCCCUCCAGUGGAAGAUGCAGUUUCAGGAAAGUGGUGUUACCUGGAUCACUUUGGUAUUGAGCGUGGGCCUUCCAAAUUGUCUGAUCUAAAGACACUUGUCAAGGAGGGAUAUCUUGUUUCAGAUCACUUGAUCAAACACCUGGACAGUGACAGGUGGGUAACUGUUGAGAAAGCUGUUUCUCCAUUGGUUACUGUGAACUUCCGUUCAAUUGUUCCAGACACAGUUACUCAACUUGUCUGUCCUCCUGAGGCUCCUGGCAAUCUACUGGCAGAUAAUGGAAACGGAGUAUCUGGUAAUGAGGAAAUAUUGGGGCCUUCUGCACAUCCAAUAUUCUGCUGCAAGGAGAAUUUAGUUGCUUCAGAGCAUGAAGAAGAUUUACAUAUUGAUGACAGAGUUGGAGCACUCUUGGAGGAUGUCACAUUAAUUCCCGGCAAGGAAGUUGAGAUGCUUGCUGAAGUGCUCCAAAUUAUAUCUGAGCAUGGGGAGUGGGAGAGAUGGGGGAAGAUGGAAGGUGAUACUAGGCACCAACUGAACAUAGAUGAGCAUUUAGAUGAUAGAGGUGUUGAGAGUUGGUUAAGUGGUUUAGAACUUAAAUUUAAAGACAUUGCAGAAUCAAGGCCCACCUUGAUUGCUUCCAUUGAGAAGGAUAGUGCAGUUACCUUUAUUGACACUGGUGAAAGUUUUUAUGGCCAAUGGGCAUGUAAGGGAUGUGAUUGGAAGAGGAAUGAUGAAGCUACUCAAGAUAGAACUUGGAAGAGGAAGCUUGUUCUCAAUGAUGGCUAUCCUCUGUGUCAGAUGCCCAAAUCUGGUUGUGAAGAUCCCCGGUGGGAGCAAAAGGAUGAACUGUACUGCCCUUCUCAGAGCAAAAGGCUUGACCUACCACUAUGGGCUUUUACCUCUCCUGAUGAGUUGAAUGAUUCCAGCAGUAUGAGUAGAUCAAGCCAAACUAAAGCUGCUUUUCUCAGGGGGGUCCGAGGAAUGAUGCUUCCAGUCAUUAGGAUAAAUGCAUGUGUGGUAAAGGACCAUGGUUCAUUUGUGUCUGAACCCCAUGUAAAGGUUAGAGGAAAGGAAAGAUUUUCGUCAAGGUCUUCCCGGCCAUAUUUGACAACUGUUGAUACAAAGAGGUCAUUGGAAGAUUUUCACUCGAAGAGUGUUCAUGAACAAGACUCACAGGAUUCUAGGAAGAAUAGUACAUACUUCAGUGUACCCAAGGAUCGUAUUUGCAAAGUAGAUGAGCUAAAGUUGCAUUUGGGUGAUUGGUACUUCCUUGAUGGUGCUGGGCAUGAGCGAGGACCUCUGUCGUUUUCAGAACUGCAAGCAAUGGCAGAUGAAGGUGUCAUUCAGAAACACAGCAGUAUUUUCAGGAAACGAGAUAAAAUUUGGGUUCCAGUUACCCUUCCCCCUGAGCAGUCUGGAAUUUCUGGACAUGAGACUGGUGCAGCUUCAUGUAAUUCCCUCCCGAAAUCAGAUGAUGCUGUAUUGAAUGGAACGCAGAGAAUCUCUAGUUGUUUUCAUGGCCUACAUCCACAGUUUAUAGGAUAUACUCGGGGAAAGCUUCAUGAAUUGGUAAUGAAGUCAUACAAGAGUCGAGAAUUUGCUGCUGCUAUAAAUGAAGUCCUUGAUCCUUGGAUCAAUGCCAGACAGCCAAAGAAAGAUAUUGAAAAGCACAUUUACCAUUCAGAUCACUUCCACACUAGGAAAAGGGCUAGGAUAAAUGGAAUUGAAGAGUGUGAGAUGGACGAGGAUGUGCUGACUUUUCAGAAUGAUGAGUGUGAAUUUGAUGAUUUGUGUGGUGAUGUUAUCUUCAGAAAAGGAGAUGCAGUGGAUUCUGAAGUUGAGAAGGGAAGUUGGGAUCUGCUUGAUGGCCAUGUUUUGGCACGAGUAUUUCACUUUCUUAGAGCUGAUAUUAAGUCGCUUUUAUAUGCGGCCCGGACAUGCAGGCACUGGCGAUCAGUAGUUAAGUUUUACAAAGGUAUCUCUAGACAGGUUGACUUUGGCGCCAUUGCACCUACUUGCUCUGAUUCUGUGGUCUUGAAAAUAAUGAAUGGAUACAAGAAAGAAAAGAUUACUUCCUUACUGUUGCGUGGUUGUACUGGCAUUACUUCUGGCAUGCUUGAGGAACUUCUUCAGUCAUUCCCGUUUUUGUCAUCUAUAGAUGUCAGAGGUUGCCCCCAGCUUGAAGAAUUGGUUUGCAAGUUUCCUAAUAUUAAUUGGCUCAAGAACCGAGUUCCCCAUGUAAAAAUUCGGAGCCUUAAUCACUUACCUGAUAGGAGUUCUUCAGCUUCUCAUCAGAUGGAAGACUCCAGUGGACUGAAAGAAUAUUUAGAAAGUUCAGACAAAAGGGACUCUGCAAACCAGUUAUUCCGUCGAAGCUUGUAUAAACGGUCCAAGCUCUUUGAUGCUCGAAAGUCUUCGUCCAUUCUGUCUAGAGAUGCUCAAUUGAGGCGUUUGGCUGUUAAGAAGACUGGAAAUGGGUAUAAGAGAAUGGAGGGAUAUAUUGUUACAGGUCUACAGGACAUUAUGAGUGAAAAUACCUUUGAGUUUUUUGAGUCCAAGGUUUGCAAGAUUGAAGAAAGAAUGAGAAAUGGAUAUUAUGCCAUUCGUGGCUUGAACUCUAUCAAAGAGGAUAUCAGUCAUAUGUGUCGGGAUGCAAUUAAGAUUAAAAACCGCGGUGAUGCUAGAGACAUGAAUCGCAUUGUUACAUUAUUUAUUCAACUAGCUACAAGUUUGGAUAAAGGUGCAAAGCUGGCUUAUGCAAGAGAUGAGAUGAUGAGAUCUUGGAAAGAUGACUCACCUCCAGGCUUUUCAUCUUCCUCAUCGUAUAAGAAGAGCGUUGGUAAAGUGUCUGAAAGGAAACAGUCAUAUAGGGGCAAUGGCCCUCCAUUCACGAAUGGACAUUUUGAUUCUGGAGAUUAUGCUUCUGAUCGAGAAAUCAGAAGGCGAUUAUCCAAACUGAACAAAGAGUUCUUGCAUUCAGGAAGUGACACAUCUAAUGACUUUGACAAAUCUUCUGAUGGAAGUACGGCGGACAGCACAAGCACUGCUUCAGAAACAGAAAGCGAUUUGGAGUACACAUCAGAAGGUGCCCUUGGGGAGUCUAGAGGGGGGACAUACUUUACACCUGAUGACGGGUUUGAUUCAUUGGCUGAUGAGCGAGAAUGGGGUGCUCGCAUGACGAAGGCAAGCCUUGUCCCUCCUGUCACAAGAAAGUAUGAUGUUAUUGAUCACUACGUCAUUGUAGCAGAUGAGGGGGAAGUUAGAAGAAAAAUGCAGGUUUCUUUGCCAGAAGAUUAUGCUGAGAAGCUCAAUGCACAAAGAAAUGGCACUGAGGAAUCAGACAUGGAAAUUCCUGAGGUGAAGGAUUACAAACCCAGAAAAACCUUGGGAGAUGAGGUGAUCGAACAAGAAGUUUAUGGCAUAGAUCCAUACACUCAUAAUCUUCUUCUUGAUUCCAUGCCAGAGGAAUCAGAUUGGUCACUUGUUGAUAAGCAUAUAUUCAUUGAAGAAGUGCUCCUUCGCACUCUCAACAAGCAAGUCAGGAACUUUACUGGUUCUGGUAACACUCCUAUGAUGUAUCCUUUGAAGCCUGUAUUUGAAGAGAUAUUAGAAAAUGCGGAGGAAAAUAAUGACAGAAGAACCAUGCGUCUGUGCCAGUUUAUACUGAAGGCCAUUGAUAGUCGUUCUCAGGACAAUUAUAUUGCUUAUAGAAAGGGGCUUGGAGUUGUUUGCAACAAAGAAGGUGGUUUCGGUGAAGAUGAUUUUGUUGUUGAAUUCCUGGGAGAGGUUUAUCCUACGUGGAAAUGGUUUGAGAAACAAGACGGCAUUCGUGCUUUGCAAAAGAACAAUAAUGAUCCAGCGCCAGAGUUCUACAACAUAUAUCUUGAGAGGCCAAAGGGUGAUGCUGAUGGCUAUGAUCUGGUUGUCGUUGAUGCAAUGCACAAGGCAAACUAUGCAAGUCGGAUUUGUCACUCCUGUAGACCUAAUUGUGAAGCAAAGGUCACUGCUGUUGAUGGUCAGUACCAGAUUGGGAUCUAUUCUGUAAGACCGAUUGCUUUUGGUGAAGAAAUCACCUUUGAUUACAAUUCUGUUACUGAGAGUAAGGAAGAAUACGAAGCUUCUGUUUGUUUAUGCGGCAACCAGGUUUGCCGUGGGAGUUACCUAAAUCUAACAGGCGAAGGGGCCUUCCAGAAGGUGCUGAAAGAGCAUCAUGGAUUACUUGAUCGACACUGUUUGCUACUAGAGGCUUGCGAACUGAAUUCAGUAUCUGAAGAGGAUUAUAUUGACCUGGGCAAAGCCGGACUUGGCAGUUGUUUGCUUGGGGGGUUGCCUGAUUGGCUGAUUGCCUAUACGGCUCGUUUGGUGAGGUUUAUAAAUUUUGAGAGGACGAAACUACCUAGUGAGAUUUUUAGGCAUAAUACAGAGGAAAAAAGGAGGUACUUCGCUGAAAUUCACCUGGAUGUUGAGAAGAGUGAUGCUGAAAUUCAGGCGGAGGGUGUAUACAAUCAAAGGCUUCAGAAUUUGGCUCUUACUAUCGACAAGGUAAGGUAUGUUAUGAGAUGUGUUUUCGGUGACCCAAAGAAAGCCCCACCUCCAUUGGAAAGGCUUAGUCCUGAAGAAGCAGUUUCUUAUCUCUGGAAAGGAGAGGGAUCAUUGGUUGAGGAACUUAUACAGUGCAUGGCUCCUCAUAUGGAGGAUGUCACGCUGAGGGACCUCAAGGCCAAGAUUCAUGCCCAUGAUCCCUCUGGUUACGAUGACACAGAUAUGAAGCUCCGGAAAUCUUUAUUGUGGUUGAGGGACGAGGUGCGGAACCUUCCUUGUACAUACAAAAGUCGGCAUGAUGCUGCUGCUGACUUGAUACACAUAUAUGCUUACACGAAAUGUUUUUUCAGAAUGAGAGAAUAUAAAAAAGUCACUUCUCCCCCUGUUUACAUCACUCCACUUGACCUUGGUCCAAAGUAUGCUGAUAAGUUGGGUUCAGGUGUUCAUGAAUAUUACAAGACGUACAAUGAGACAUAUUGUUUAGGACAGCUGAUAUUUUGGCAUAACCAAAAUGCUGAACCUGAUACUACUCUGGCUAAAGCAAGUAGGGGUUGUUUAUCUUUGCCUGAUGUUGGUUCCUUCUAUGCCAAAGUCCAAAAGCCAUCACGUCAGCGUGUUUAUGGUCCAAAGACGCUGAAGUUUAUGCUUGCACGGAUGGAGAAACAGCCCCAGAGACCUUGGCCAAAGGAUCGGAUCUGGUCAUUCAAGAGCUCUACAAAAGUUGUUGGCAGUCCCAUGUUGGAUGCUGUUUUGCACAAGGCUACAAUCGACAAAGAAAUGGUACACUGGUUGAAGCACAGACCUCCCAUCUACCAGGCCAUGUGGGACAGCUGAAUUUUUGCAGGCAUAUUAGGGAAGUCGCUUCAGCAUUCUUAUAAUGCUUAGAUUGUCGCCGUUGUUAGCUGGUGAUGAGUCUGAGUUAACUCAUAAUUUGUUUAGCACAUUGAUUCUUGUGUACAGUUGCAUUGCCUUUUCAUUCUUUUUAGCUUUUGUAAUUUGCUUCAUUUUUAGUUAAUAGUGCAGUUUCUACAUUUCUAUCCUUUUUGCUUUGAAGUCAAUAGAAAAUGCGACCGAAAAAAAAAAAAAAAAAAAAGAAAAUACCCAGAUCUUUGAUAUCUGCUGAGCUUUAUCAUGUUUGGCUGGAAACCAAGAACGGGGAAGAGUGCUCCUUUUGUUUUACUUACAUGUUGAGGAUAUUCUUGUGAGCAUUGGGGGCGUGUCCUUCCUUUCUUUUGACCUGUUGGUCGUCUGAUCUUGUUUGGUGGAUUAUUGGACGCUAAAUCUCAUUGCUGGGUGCAUUGUUUCUUUCCAGUGCAGGGACAUCGGAGGCGCAUUUAGAUUCUUGGUUCUUUUGAUCAUUCUUGGGCUGUGUUUUACCAGGAAAUUGUAGUGGAGCAGGGAUGCUGGGUGGGUAUGUUCUAGUAAGACAGGUUGGAGAAGAAAGAAAGAGAUGAUGUAGAAGAGGAGGAAAAGGGGGAGUGGGAGGAAGUGGAAAGGAAAGAGAAGGGAAAGGUAAAUAAAAGAAAAGAGAAAGGAAAAAAGAACAAAAAAUAGAAAAAAUGAGUCUGAGGUUAUUUUCGUCUUUUCAUGAACAAUAUAAUGUAUAAGCGCCACUUUUCUACCAAACAUUUCCACCAUAACCUUUUUCACUACCAUUUCAAUUAACUUCUAAAAUCUCUCAAUUUCUACGACUAAUUGCUUUUCUCAAAAUGAGUUAGAUGAAAGGUUGGUGUUUGCAACACGACAGGUAGCAAUCUAACCCUGAUUGUAGCAUCAAACCUUCCUUUCCCAAUAAUCA